UAUAUAACAGCGAGGUGAAAAAUAAUUCACCAGUCAACUAUAUCUCUAAUUGUAAUGCAAGCAUGAUGAUUGAUUAUCCUAACAUUUGCUUCGUUGCGCUAUUCCUCGUCAUUUGCGUAUGCUCACUGCUGCAUGCGGAAGAAGUAGCUAUAACCGAAGAAGAAUUUCAGGAAGCUCUACGGAUUGGCCAAGAGUACGUAACGAAAUGGGAACAACUGGAAGCCCAGAUAUUGGAAGUUGAUCGCAAUAGAAGCCAUCAUCAUGGAACGAGUAGAGCCGAUGAAAAGUAUCACUCGCGUCGUUUCAAUCCGCAGCGAUACAACCCGGAAGCGAUAGCCCAGUCGAAAGAAGCCGCUGUCUAUCUGGUGGCUCGGCAGUACCUGAGCGACAAGUUGGGAAUCCCAGCCGAGAAGAUUGGAGAUUUUGAACGGUCGUCUACUUUUCGAAACGAUGGCAGCGACAGGCAAGUUUGCGACUUUAACUCCAAGUUUCGCACUUUUGAUGGGACGUGUAACAACGUCGGAGUUCCAGCGUUCGGGAAAUCCGGUACCAUUUUUAACCGACUCGUUUUCAACCCGAGCGAAGGUUAUGAUGACGGUGUGGCGACUAUUCGAAGGAGCAAAUUAACGCGUAGUCCGUUGCCCAGUGCCCGACUCAUUUCCACUUCAGUUUUGAACAACAACAGUUUCCCCCGUCUCGACGUUUCUCUUCUGACGAUGCAAUGGGGCCAAUUCCUCGAUCACGACCUAACGUCUACUCCAACUUUCGACAAAUGUGAUGGAUCCGCAUUUCUGUGCUGUUCGUCCGAACCAACUGGCGACAAUGUGGCGCCUCCUCACCCUGAAUGUCUCCCCAUUGGCAUUCCAAGAAACGAUCCUGUUUUCAAUCCAUUGGGUAACGGCCAAGUAAAGUGCAUGAAUUUCAUUCGCUCGACAUUCGGAAAUAAUUUGGACGGAUCUGUUCCCCGAAUGCGAUCACAGAUCAACGCUUUAACACACUGGAUCGACGGCUCGAACGUUUACGGAAGUACAGCCGAAAAAGCCAAGUCCUUGCGAGAUCCGACAUCUGGUAGAGGUCGGAUGAGGACUUCCAUCAGCAAUUUAGGUCGUCAAAUGCUGCCUUUGGGCAACUGUCCAGGAAUAGUAACCUGUUUUGAUGCGGGCGACAGCAGAGUGAACGAACAGCCGCUACUUACAGUCAUGCACACCCUUUGGCUUCGCGAACACAAUCGCAUCGCUGAAAAUUUGUUUACAAUUUUUCCGGGUCAGACGGAUGAGUUUUAUUUUCAACACACGCGGCGGAUUGUUAUCGCUGAAAUGCAACACAUUAUUUACAACGAAUACUUACCCGUCAUGAUUGGUCCUACGAUGGCUGCCAAAGUUAAUUCUGAAAAUUUCUAUUCAAACACUGGGAAUCCGGCCGUGUUUACCGAGUUCUCCACUGCCGCCUUCCGAAUGGGCCACUCUCAAUUGAGGAGCUUCAUACGACUGUUGCAGAGAGACGGACAGGAAAGCAGAAAGAGUUACCAACUCUCGGACUCGUUCAAUGAACCCUUUCGGAUCUUAAGUUCCAAUUUCAUGGAUAGUGCUCUCCGUGGACUUCUCCAAGUACCUGCCGAAGAAGUGGACAGCUCUUUCGCUUUCGACAUUACCAGUCAACUUUUCAAGCCAAAAGGGGCAUCACUCGGGUUUGAUCUGACAGCUCUCAAUAUUCAACGAGGAAGAGAUCACGGGUUGCCAACAUAUGCUAAAAUGUUGGCUUUCUUUGGACGACCUGUACCUUCUAGAUUCAAAAAACUGCUUCCGUUAAUACCGCAGCAAGUUGUCAAUGCAAUGAAAUCCGUGUACGAAUCCGUAGAAGACAUUGACCUGUUUAUCGGUGGAGUGACCGAAUACCCAAUGCCGGACGCUGUGCUCGGCCCCACAUUCGCCAAUAUCUUCGCACAUCAGUUCUCGAAUCUGAGGCGGACCGAUCGCUACUUCUACAAUUUCUUUGUCAAUCAACCCACCGGCUUCAGUUCAGGUCAACUGGCAGAAAUUCAAAAAGUUUCUUUGGCGCGAAUUAUCUGCGACAACAGUGAUGGCACCAUAGGUCAAAUCCAACCUAAAGCUUUCCGCACUCCCAACGAAUCAUUCAACAGAUUAACACCGUGCAGAAAUAUUCCAGGCAUCGACUUCUCCAAGAUGUUAUCCCUUUAAACAUUGAAAGAACCGCGUUGAUAUGGCGUGAGCCUAUUCCUACACGGUUUGGUUGGUUAUUGUCGGUUAUUGUCGGUUAUUGUUAUUCAGUUUAUUAUUUUCUGAAAGGUGAAGGAUAUGCAUAGGAUAUGUUGUUGGCAGCAAGAAAUGCGUAUCAAUAAAUGAAUUAAAUUGCUAUAAUUA